AUGUUACUUCUGCUUGUAGCAGCCUUCAAGAACAUAUGGAUCAACAAGAAAGACGACUACACCCGCAGCAUCACCGGAAAGAAAGCAGACCACAGACGAGCAGCCAGGAGGAACAAGAGAAGAACAGCAAAACUGAAGUCCCGCCAGAACUCACUGGACCAGUGCCCCAAGCCAGCAGCCUGGAAGGAACGCGUACAAGAUGUCCUCACCCGGGAGUGUACCUCUCCAGAUGUAAGCGACGAUGACCAGCCUGGGAUGAGAUGGGUUCACGAAAUACCGUGGGAGUCCACACAGAUGGUGGACAUAAAGAAGUAUUUAGACGAACGGACCGAGGCUGCUCUGAAGCAUGUGAGGAGACCACCCAAGGCCAAGCUGGAGUACGACCCGAUGAGGAGCUGUGAGGAGCCCAUGCCGAAGAAGUUGCCGUCAUGGGCCAUUCGAUCCACGCAUGUGAGAGAUGCCUUGCUUGAGUCCAGCCCCAGUCAGCCUACACCAAACAGGACAAGCGAACAGUAGGUUGUCAGUAUAGAGAUCAGGUAAUUAGUAUUUUCAGGGUUUUAUCUUGGUUUGAGGUGGGUCUUUGUUAAGGGUAUACAUGGCAAAAGUACGGAUAUAUUCCGAAAAUUGAAUCAAAAUAUUAUUAAUUCAAAUUGUUGUACACGUUAGUCUUGCUCGGAAUGUUACAAAUAUUUAACACUAAAAUGCAAUCAUUUUGUUCUUGCAAAAAGUUGCCGGUCACAGGCACUUACUCGUUAGUUCCUGAGAUAAACCCUGAUUAUAUUUAUUUAGCACUAUUUGCAUUAUCAUUUGGGGACUAACACACCUUUUUAGCAUCAUUUGUUCUCACAUCUCAAUUGUCAUGUUGAUAAUGUAUUGCCAACUGCAGUCUACAGUAAGAACACUAAUGGGGAUUCCAUGUAAGAAUAUAGAUCCCCUGCAAGUUGGCAGCACCCCAUGGUUGCUGUAGGAGGUAAUUAAUUGGGUGGUUUUUGGUGUCGGUGACUUAAUUACAUGUCAUUACAUGUGCCAUGGAUUGAUGCUCAUGAUGUCAAUCAUUUGAUUGUCUGGUCUAGACUUGAUUUCUUUACAAAACGCCAUCAUGUUUUGUAAUUGAAUGUUGCUAACACCCAGCUAACACCCAGCUAACGCCACACCCAGCAUGAUGUCAUCAUGAGCAUUGAUCUACGCAAUUGGUAUACAACAUGCAUCAACCAAGUCAGCUUGUCUGACCACCCCAUCCCUUAAGUCGCCCCUUGCGACAAGCAUAGU